AUGGCGAGAUUUCUAGGUCUCAGAGGUCGUAGUCUAGCGAGCGCCAUCAGCAUCACGUGCGGACUUUGCUUUUUAUGUUUCGGCUACGCCCAGGGUGUUAUGGGCGGUCUCUUGACCGUUCAGCAGUUCUUGGACAGAUUUCCUCAGGUCGACAUUGUGAACGAGAGUUCGUUCCACAACGCGUGGGUCGCAGGUCUUACCGUUGGAACAUGGCAUCUGGGCUGUAUUGUCUCAGCUAUCGCGACAAUCUUCGUCGGUGACUUGCUUGGGCGUCGGCGCACACUCAUCCUCGGCCUUACCUUCUGGGUGAUUGGCGAGAUCAUCCAAACGUCUUCGUACAGCUUCCCACAAUUCAUCGUCGGUCGCGCGAUCGCCGGUUUCGGCAAUGGCUUCACCACUUCGACCGCCCCCGCGUACCAAGCAGAAUGCGUCAAGUCUCAUCGCAAAGGAACAAUCCUUAUGAUCAGCGCAGGAGCGUUCGUGUCCGCUGGCAUUGCGCUUUCGUACUGGUUCGUCUUCGGCUUCGCGUACAUCACCAGCUCCUCGGCAUCAUGGCGCGUCCCCAUUGCCUUACAGAUCAUGUUUGCGCUCCCGGCCAUCGCAAUGCUCUUUGUUCUUCCUGAGUCUCCUCGAUGGCUGAUUCUUACCGGACGCGAACAAGAAGCAUUGACCGUCCUUGCGGCCCUGAAUGACGACGAACCCGACAGCUUCGAGACCAAGGACGAAUUCCUACAGAUCAAGGAUGCCAUCUUGAUUAUGGCGCAGGGAUCAAGCGCGGGCAUGUUCUCCAACAAGGAGCGCAGAGGCUUUCACCGUGUGGUGUUGGCAUACUUUGUUCAGGUGUUCCAGCAAGGUACCGGCAUCAACUUGGUUCUACAAUACCUUUCGUGGAUCUUCCUCACACGCAUGUCUUAUGAGGGAUGGCUGGCUCGUCUUCUGGCCUCGUGCUCAGCGACUGUGUACUUUCUUGCCUCGUUCAUCGUCGUCGUUGGUAUCGAUCGCUUCUGGGGUCGUCGCUCACUCAUGAUGUUCGGCGCUGCGGGUAUGUCAGUAUGCAUGAUCCUUAUCACUAUUCUGCAGUACUUGUGGUCUGAGCAUAGCAUGCAAGCUGGCAGGAUCGCCAGUACCGUUUUCCUGUUCAUUUUCUCGGUUUUCUUCGCCAUCGGAUGGCAGGGUAUGGCCUGGCUGUACCAGGUCGAAAUUGUACCCCUUCGAAUCCGUGGGCCUGCCAACGGACUUUCGACAAGUGCCAACUGGUUGCUUAACUUUGUCAUUGUUUUCAUCACGCCGAUCGCAUUCCAACGCAUCUCCUAUCGCACUUGGAUCAUUUUCGCAGUCACUAACUUUGCCAUUCUUCCUCUGGUCUAUUUCUUCUAUCCUGAAACUGCCUUCCGGUCGCUUGAAGAAGUCGAUGUCAUCUUUCAGCUCGCACAUGAUGCGCCCGGCAACCCUUGGCUCACCGCCGUUGGCUUCUCCCAAAGCGAGCCGCUUUGGUUCGGAAAGAAAGACCCUGAAAAACGACUCAAUUUCAACUACGCAAACAGCUCAUGGCACAAGAGACUCGUAGAGAGCAUAUUGAGUCGUGAAAGUGGCAGUGGAAGCAAUACCAACAGUGGUACCACUGAAAAGAGACCUUGGAGUAAUGGUGAGAGUCCGGAUUCUGAUGAGACAGCCGCGCCUACAAUCGCGCGCGGACGGAAGAGGUCAGAAGAGUCACCUGUGGAUCCUCGACUCCACCGUUCACCACCGCUCAGUCCAGCAACGACAAUGACUACAACAAUCACCAGCCAAAAGCGACCUCGCAGGAAACUGCAAAAGCGCAACAGUAGCGCUAGCAGCCUGGCCAGUCACAUAAGCCAGUCUCAGCCACCACCUGUCUUUGGUCUCUAUGACAACAGUCUUCCAGUGGAAACGCAUCAACCAACCAUGCCACACCACCGCCACACUCGCAGCACGUCUUCCGACUCACUCAACUCUGUACGACCAGAGUGGUGGACUGACGACCUUACCCCAAUACCAGUGGCACAGCGCAGCAGAUCCUCAAGCAGAACAGGUCACGCGAUGGAAACCCGCGGUCGACCUUCAUCCCGCAUCUCUCAAAGAAGCCUGUCAAACAAUGCCUUGAAUCGGCUCGUAAACCGCGAUUUACUCGCCGAACAACAGCAGCAAACUCUACCCCGUAGAGCAGCUAGUAGCUCGUCUUUCCAACAUCAGGCCAACGACUACCGCCAUGAUGCCAUCACGGACCGUGAGAGUAUCGACUACCCUGGCAUGCUAGGUGGCGAGGAGCGGGGAAGAGGUAGAAGCGGCAUUGUGAGGACGCAGAGUGAACGGGAGACAUACCUCCCUGAUGGAGUUUACGAGGUUGUUGAGGGGAGGGUAAGACAGAUCAGUGCGGGACCUGCUAGCAGGCCCGGUAGCGUGGGGAGUGGGAGAAAGUACUCAGCUAGGGGUGCGGGAUUUGCGAGAUAA